AUGGCAGGCAAUUCAAAAACAGUAAUUGUGGGCGCCGGACCAGUUGGAUCCCUCGCUGCUCUCUAUGCUGCUCAGCGAGGCCAUGAUGUGGAGAUCUAUGAACUUCGCAAUGAUCUCAGAGACCCGCUCACGACGCCACUCCUUUUCUCAAAAUCCAUCAACCUGGCACUCUCUGAGCGGGGGAUCAAUGCGUUGCGGCAAGUCGAACAUGGUGCCUUGUUAAGCGAGGUUUUCAAAACUACCAUCCCUAUGCGUGGUCGUAUGAUCCACGGGAAUAGGCCGUCUGGCGAGCUCUAUGAGGAAGCGCAAGACUAUGACGCCCACGGGCGGACCAUUUUUGCUGUCGACAGAACUGGGCUAAACGGCUGCCUGUUGGACGCCUUGGAACGGACGCCUAAUGUGAAAUUCUUCUUCAACCACAAGCUUACCGGCGCUGAUUUCCGGGCCCGAAAGGCCUGGUUCGAGGUGCAGGAUGCUGGGGUCAAGGCUACUGGCCGGGCGCGAGAGAUUGAAAUAGAUUUCGACUUGCUGAUUGGCGCCGACGGUGCCCACUCUUCUGUCCGAUAUCAUCUGAUGAAGUAUGCCCGGGUGGACUACAAGCAGGAGUACAUUGAUGCUUUGUGGUGCGAGUUUCACAUGGAGCCUCGGAAGGAGUCCUCGCCAGAAGAUCCCAUGUCUCGAUUUGCGAUAUCUCCCAACCAUCUUCACAUCUGGCCUGGAAAGAAGUUUAUGUUCAUUGCUAUCCCCAGCGAUGACGGUUCAUUCACAUGCACACUGUUCAUGCCAUCCGCUCAAUAUGCCGUCUUGGAGACGCAGCCUUCUGAGGUUCCGGCCUUUUUUGACCAGCACUUUCCGGGGGUGACAGCUCUGAUCUCCCCUGACAACCUUAUUGCAUCCUUCACAUCCAACGCGCACCUUCCACUCAUCAAUGUGAACUGCAAGCCGUACCACUUCCAGUCGUCCGUGGUGAUACUCGGCGACGCUGCCCACGCCAUGGUUCCAUUCUAUGGCCAAGGUAUGAACUGCGGCUUGGAGGAUGUGCGUAUCCUGUUCUCGAUUCUCGACAAAUACGAGACCAUGGACAGAAACGCCCCUGACGACCAGAACGCACAAGGGAUACAGCUCACACAACGAGCGCUUGCCCUGGCUGAAUACACCGCUCUGCGUGUGCCUGACGCCUUUGCCAUCAACGACCUGGCUCUGAAGAACUAUAUUGAGAUGCGGUCAUCUGUGCUGAGCCCGACAUACCGCCUGCGGAAAUAUCUUGAGGAGCAGCUGUCGCUGUACUUCCCGAGCCUGGGCUGGAAGACAAAGUACGCGCGGGUCUCUUUUGGCAAUGAACGAUACAGCGAUGUAGUGAAGAAGAGUGAGCAUCAGGGCAAGGUACUUCUCAAUGCCUUUAUAGGUGCCAUGGGAGUGCCGAUUCUUGCCGGCACUAUUGCCCUAUUCUGGAGGUACAGACGUUCAUAA